AUGCAGUGGCAGUCAUUCCAGCGUCAGUGCCUCCUGGCUCCAGCACGGGGACUACGCCGCCAUCAAGGGGCUAUCCGACCAGUUGGCCAUGUCCGAUGUCGGCCGAGUCCGGUGUCAGUUCCCCAACCGCGCAUGCUCUCCUCAUCCUCGACCUUUCCAACCUCAUCCCAAUUCCAUCGAUCAGAUUUCACAACCCAACCUUUCACGGGCAGCUAUGAGACAGGAUUGCCAACAACAGGUCCUUUAGGAUCCACACCAGCCUUUGGCGCCCCGCGCAUCACUCCCAAAGUUUUGAAGCAGUAUCUGGAUCAGUAUGUUGUCGGCCAAGAUCGCGCGAAGAAGGUUCUCAGUGUAGCGGUCUUCAAUCACUAUCAGCGAGUGCAGGAGAUUCGGCGUCGAGAGGAGGAGGCGGAAGAACUACUGGCCAAGAAACAACGAAGAGAAGCCUUGGAGAGCCAUCCCUUGGAAGAUGAAUAUCCCGGUCAACAACGGACAGUUGGCACCUCGAACAAUCAGAAACCGCACCAGAACAGCCUACUAGAGCAAAGGGAUCUGGUCGAUACAUCGCCAUUACAACUCGAGAAAUCUAAUAUCUUGCUCCUCGGCCCCUCGGGCGUAGGAAAGACGCUUAUGGCGAAGACGCUUGCCCGUGUGUUAUCCGUCCCAUUCAGUAUUUCAGACUGCACACCAUUUACGCAAGCCGGUUACAUUGGCGAGGAUGCCGAAACGUGCGUUCACCGACUACUAGCGGCCGCAAACUACGACGUGGAACAAGCCGAGAGAGGCAUCAUCGUUCUCGAUGAGGUGGACAAGAUUGCGGCGGCGAAAGUGAGCCACGGCAAGGAUGUUGGCGGGGAAGGCGUCCAACAGGCUCUCCUGAAGAUCAUUGAAGGGACAACGGUGCAGGUUCAAGCCAAAGCAGAGAAGAACCCUCGAUCAAACAGCCCGCCGAACUCUUACCCAUCGAAUAGCCCCCUCGGUUCGACGCCCUUCCACCCGCAUAACAAUACCCCAGCGGCCAAGGGCGAGGUCUAUAAUGUGCGAACAGAGAAUAUUCUCUUCAUAUUUUCAGGUGCUUUCGUGGGCCUUCACAAAGUAGUGAUGGAUCGAAUCUCCAGAGGAUCCAUAGGGUUUGGACAGCCAGUGCGUGGGUCUUCAAUUUCGAGCGGUCUCCCAGGAACAUCCGAUGCAGCGUCGGACGAGCCGCAGCCGAUUCGGCCAGGGUCCGAAGAAGAGGCACUGUACAAGACACAUCUGCCUUUUUUCAACUCCGCCUCGCCCAGUGCUCAAAGCACCGAUCCCACAUAUUUUAAUGCUCUUGACCUUCUUACACCUGCAGACCUGCAAAGCUACGGCUUCAUACCUGAGUUGAUUGGCCGGAUCCCAGUCAACGCUGCCCUCUCCACCUUAACGCAGCCACUUCUCCUCCGAAUUCUCACCGAGCCUCGAAACUCUCUCAUGGCGCAAUACACAACGCUAUUCUCUCUCUCGGGUAUCGAGCUUCGAUUUACGACACCGGCUUUGCACAAAAUUGCAGCCAACGCCUUCAAGAUGGGUACUGGUGCUCGCGCUCUUCGAACAGAGAUGGAAACCAUAUUGAGUGAUGCCAUGUUUGAGGCACCCGGCUCUAGCGUCAAAUUUGUCCUUGUGACAGAAGCAGUAGCUGAUCGCAAGGAGCAACCUGUCUAUCUUGCUCGCGGCCAAGGUGGGAAAUUUCAUGCCAUGAUCUCUGCCGAGGAAAGCGAGUGGGAGGAAAAGACAAGUCGUGGCAAGAAGAAAGAGAGUAAGGCCAAGGCGGUGAAUGGCCCUGAAGACGUCCACCAUGCCGCAAACUUCCAGGAAUAUCGCAAGCGCGCAACGGGAUAA